GGCCAGUAUAAGUUGUGCAACUCUGCUUCUUCCCUCCCCUUAAAUUAUCCAUUCUCAACUCCAUCUUCACCAUCCCUACCCAGAGUGGAGGAAGCACAUGGGGCGCCGUGGAAUGAGUCAUUAUGCUCAUUGUGUUAUCAUUCUCUUUGGAAUUUGUUUUUGUUCUGUUUCUCUCAUAUCUGCUGCUGCUGGCACAGUCCCCACAGACACCUCCACUUCCAUUCUGAUUCGGGUCGACCAGUUCGGUAAUGGAGAUUUCGAGAAGAUACAGGAUGCUAUAGAUGCUGUUCCUUCCAAUAAUUCUAAAUUCGUUUUCAUUAGGAUUAAGCCUGGAACGUACAGAGAAAAGAUUGUUGUGCCAGCGGAUAAGCCGUUUGUGACAUUGAGUGGUGCACGGGCCUCUAACACCAUCAUAACAUGGAAUGAUGGCGGUGACAUUUUUUAUUCUCCAACUCUAACUGUUUUGGCUUCUGAUUUUGUGGGACGGUUUCUCACAAUUCAGAAUACAUUUGGGACGACAGAAAGGGCUGUAGCACUAAGGGUUGCAGGAGACAGAGCUGCAUUCUACGGAUGCAGAAUUCGCUCCUACCAGGACACUCUCUUGGAUGAUGCUGGAAAUCAUUAUUACAGAAAGUGCUACAUUGAAGGAGCAACAGAUUUCAUAUGUGGAAAUGCAGCCUCUAUCUAUGAAAGGUGUCGUUUGCAUUCACUCUCAACACAAAAUGGAUCUCUUACUGCUCAACACCGGAGUUCUCCUUCAGAGAAGACUGGCUUUACUUUCUUGGGUUGCAAGAUAACAGGCAUUGGACAUGCCUUCCUCGGAAGGCCAUGGGGUGCUUAUUCUAGGGUGAUUUUUGCCCAAACCUACAUUUCUGAUGUGAUAGUUCCACAAGGCUGGGAUGACUGGCAAGACCAAAACAAGCAUAGUACUGUAUAUUAUGGUGAAUACAAGUGUUAUGGUCCUGGAGCUGAUACAUCAAAAAGGGUUCAAUGGUCACAGAGUCUAUCAGAAAAUCAGGCUGCACCAUUCAUGACCAUAGACAUGAUUGGAGGAAGAAGUUGGCUCAGACGUACACCAAGCCAUUUCAAAAGGUUCACUGGUUCCAUUGCCAGCGUGAUGAACGCUAAUGAAAAUGACUAGAUUGGAUUGAUAUUGGGUUAUGCUGCUCAAUUUAAGGGUAAACGUUGAUUGAUUUAGUAAUAUACAAUGAAUGCCACCUCUUUAAUAGACAUUUAGAUGAUGC